AUGGAUUCGCGCUUUUCGAGCAACUACAAAAACACGGGCAAGGAUUCGGAAAGCCUUCGAAAGGGAAGAGCCGACGAGGCCGUCUCGAUCCGCAAAGUUCAACGCGACGAUUUGUUGACAAAGAGAAGGAAUCUUGUGCCAGAAGAUGAUGCCACAAGUGCCUCUUCACUCGCUUCUUCUAUUACAUAUGACUCGGCCGUGCUGCAAUCAAUUAUUGAGAUGGCGAAAGGCGAUGAUCCAGAAAAAGUGCUAGCCGCCGUUCAACAGGCUCGGAAGAUGCUCUCCGCUGAUCGUAAUCCACCAAUUGACGAACUUCUUCGAAGCGGCCUUCUACCAGUGCUCAUCAACUGUCUCAACUCACCGAUGGCGAAUCUGCAAUUUGAAAGCUGCUGGGCUUUAACCAAUAUUGCGUCUGGCACUUCGGAGCAAACGCGAGCUGUCGUGGAAUCUGGUGCCGUGCCCGUCUUCUUGGAACUACUUUCUUCACCACAUAUGAACGUCUGCGAGCAAGCUGUAUGGGCUCUUGGAAAUAUCAUUGGAGACGGACCGCACUAUCGCGACAUGUGCUUGACACUUGGUAUCCUCGGGCCGCUCUUGAAGUUCAUCCGGCCAGAGAUUCCGAUCGGCUUUCUCCGUAACGUCACCUGGGUGCUGGUCAACUUGUGCCGAAACAAAGAGCCGUCGCCAAGCAUAGAAGCAAUUCAAGCAAUCCUCCCGGCCCUCGCACUCCUCAUUCAUCAUCAAGACACGAACAUUCUCGUCGAUACGGUGUGGGCAAUCAGCUAUCUAACCGAUGGAGGAAACGCACAAAUUCAAAUGGUCAUCGACUCCAAUAUCGUUCCACAUUUGGUGCCACUCUUGGGUCACGAAGAUGUCAAAGUGCAAACUGCAGCUUUACGAGCUGUUGGAAACAUCGUGACGGGGACCGAUUUACAAACACAACUCGUUUUGGACAACCAUGCCCUUCGUCAAAUGCCCCGAUUACUCACACAUGAAAAAGAAAAGAUCAAAAAGGAAGCUAGUUGGUUCUUAUCGAAUAUCACCGCCGGAAACGUGAAUCAGGUGCAAGAAGUGUUUGACGCUGGUCUGAUCCCGAUGGUGAUUGCUCUCAUGGAACAUGGGGAGUAUAGUACGAAGAAAGAAGGAGCAUGGGCGAUCAGCAAUAUUACGAUCUCCGGGAGACCAGAGCAGGUGUUGAAAAUGGUCGAGUUUGGAGUCAUUGCACCUUGCUGUGGCUUGUUGAGCCCACAAACGGAGGUUCAAAUGCUAAAUGUGAUUCUUGACGGGCUGACGAACAUCUUGAAAGUGUGUCAAACGGCCGGCCCCGAGCUAUUGACCCUGGCAACAACCCAAAUAGAAGAGUGUGGUGGACUGGACAAGAUCGAAGUGUUGCAAACGCACGAGAACGAGAUGGUCUACAAAUUGGCAUUUGGUAUCAUCAACGAAUAUUUCUCGGAAGAUGAAGAGGUUCCAAUCGAGUCUUCAUCAAACGACCCAUUCGGUGGCACCGCACCUGCAGAUGGCUGGAAAUUCGCC